GACGCAAUAUUUCUGUUUAUUGCCUAAUUUCCCCAGGAAGAGAUAAAUAUGAUUAAUAAUGAGUUAUAUAAUUUCCAUUAGAUCUCUAUUUGAUGCUCGGCAAAAGAUUGCCCUGUUUUAUUAUCAUUGAAAGUAUCAUGAAGUUAAGUGCCUUGCGUCCUUGAUAGAUCAUUAACUAAAGUGAGCUAACCUUUAUUGUAUGCUGAAAACAUCAGAGACAACUAGACCCAGGCCACUCGUAGGAGAGAUGGUCGGAUAUACUCAGUGAACCUCGGUUGGAGUGGCAAAGCCGGAGAAAGUUGAGGAUUGAAAGUGUGCAGAUUUUGUCUACUCCUCACUGGUUCCAGGCGAAACUUUUUACAGAUGAAAAGAUUUUUGACUUUGGACUAUUUCUGCCAUCCUCAGCAAAUGUUUUGUUCUUCAUGAAAGUGUGUGUGUGUGUGUGUGUGUGUGUGUGUGUGCCUGGACCAGAAGCAAAGGAUAUCAAACUUUACCACGUUUGCAUGAUCGAGAAAUCCUGGUGAAGCUAAGCCUUUAUAUUUGUAACUACAGUGUUCAGAGAAGCUCUUUUUCUCCCGUUUAAAUAGCCAUGACGGGAACAGGUGGCCCCGUGGCCACUUUCUCCGUUUGGGAUUAUGUGGUUUUUGCUGGAGUCAUUUUGGGGGCGUCUGGAAUCGGCCUUUUUCAAGCCAUCCGAGGUCGCAAGGAGACCAGCAGCGCAGAGUUUCUGUUGGGUGGACGGCAGAUGACGGCUGUGCCGGUUGCCAUGUCACUCACCGCCAGCUUCAUGUCUGGCAUCACGGUCAUCGGCACACCUGCGGAGGCCUACCGGUUCGGGUCUGCCUUCUGGCUCUUUGGCUUCUCUUAUGCCAUCAUGUCAGUCAUCACGGCAGAAAUCUUCGUGCCACUUUUCUACCGACUUGCAAUCACCAGUGCAUACGAGUACCUAGAGCUGCGCUUCAGUCGACCCAUUCGACUGAUUGGCACAUCAAUGUACAUCAUACAGACGGCUCUGUACACCGGUUUAGUCAUCUAUGCACCAGCGCUAGCACUAAACCAAAUCACUGGACUGGACCUGUGGGGGGUGCUGGUGGCUACAGGAGCAGUGUGCAUCGUCUACUGCACUUUGGGUGGAUUGAAAGCAGUCAUCUGGACAGAUGUGCUGCAGAUGGUGAUCAUGCUGGCAGGUUUUGUGGCUGUUAUAGCAAGAGGAGCUGUAAUACAAGGAGGCCUGACAAAGAUUUGGGAAGAUGCUCGCGAAGGAGGCCGUCUGGAAGCAUUCGAUUUUGACCCAGAUCCUCUGAAGCGCCACACCUUCUGGACCAUCGUAGUCGGUGGAAGCAUAAUGUGGGUGUCCAUCUACUCAAUCAACCAGUCCCAGGUGCAGCGCUACAUCUCCUGCAAGACGCUGGGACAUGCCAAGAUGUCGUUGUACGUGAACAUGGUUGGUUUGUGGGUGACUGUGAGUCUGGCCGUGUUCUCUGGCCUCACCAUGUAUUCCAUUUACAAGAACUGUGACCCACUUACAAAUGGUGAUGUAAAAUCCACCGACCAGCUCCUGCCGUACCUCGUGAUGGAUAUUUUGGCCUCCUUCCCUGGAAUCCCAGGCCUGUUUGUGGCAGCUGCAUACAGCGGAACCCUGAGCACGGUCUCCUCCAGCAUCAAUGCUUUGGUUGCUGUCACAGUGGAAGACUUUAUAUUUCCGAUGUGCAAACCCUUCUCACCUAAACAAAUUACUUGGAUGAACAUGGGUUUGAGUGUGUUCUUUGGAGCUCUGUGUAUUGGCAUGGCAGGAGUGGCUUCACUCAUGGGAAGCGUUCUGCAGGCAGCUUUGUCCAUAUUUGGCAUGAUCAGCGGGCCUCUUCUCGGGCUCUAUCUGUUGGGAAUGUUUUUCCGCACCACAAAUUCAGUUGGGGGACUUACAGGGAUGAUCAUCGGGCUGGUGUUGACUCUGUGGGUGGGUAUCGGAGCUCAGAUGUAUCCCCCGACAGACGACAAAACACUUCCUCUCAAACUCAGCACCGCGGGCUGCAACAACACAAUAAGCCAAAACCUCACAACAGCAACACCCUGGACCAGUCCAGUCACUGUGACCCAACAGCCCGAUGAUAGGCCACCUUUGGCCGACUCCUGGUACUCCCUGUCCUACGUUUACUUCUGCCUUUUGGGAAUGCUGACCACAAUGGUGAUCGGCCUGCUGGUGAGCAUAAUCACAGGUGGAUGCAAACAAGAGAAACUGGACUCUAAGCUUUUUGGAUCCGAUGACACAGCAGCAGAGCUUCACAUGGGAGUUGACAACUUAACGUUUAAAGACUUUGAUGUGAAGAGCAAAGAAUUUGAAAAAGCCACAAAACUGUAAUAGAGUUAAGACGUCCAUUUUAUUCUGUAAUAAGUAUUAAAGCUAGUUGUAGUGUUUAAGACUGAAAUUUCAAAAAGAAUCAAGACAGGUGUGUUGCAAACAUUGUAAAACUGCACAUGCUCAUCACAUCUUAUUGUCCACAUUGAUUGAGCUGCUCCCAUUUCCUGUUUAUCCAUAUUGUUGUAACAAUGUUGAGCGUUUAUUACUCUUUGUUCGCUUGUUCCUGGUGAUAUCAGAUUACUACCUGAACAUUGUGCUUCAUUUCAUGCUGACGCGGAAAGGCACAUUAAGAACUGUUUAUUUUCACAGUAUGAAGAGUGAAGAAACAUAACAGUUUUAAAGGAACAAUGGUCCUUUGUUUAUUAUAUGGUUGUUUUUGUAUGGAAAUUGUGCACUAAAAUGCUCAUUGAAAUUGGAAACACAUUUCCAAUUUCCCUUAAUAAAUAUUUUAUACUAA